CCGAGCUGUAAUGAAAAAGGAGAUCAAAGUAACACAGGAAGAAAGAUAUGAGCGGUGAAGAAGCCAUGGCGCUCAGUCAUAUUCAAGCUUCAGCAAACGAAGGCAUCUGGAACAAACGCCUAAAAGCCAAAACGGAACUGCACCAAACCAGCAUCGAUAGAUACUUCAAAUUACUAGUUCAGAAGCAGCUCGUGAAAGCCGUCAGGGUGCGUUCGACCAUUCAAAGUUCUUAGUGCAUUUCCUCAUAUGCUUGCACUAUGCUAAGCCGCAAGAUCUACAAGCUCGCGCACCUAUAACCUUCAGUCGAGCUUACGGAUGGACCAUGGUACACUGACAACGAACAAGACACGAAAUUAUCAAGCUCCUCUCAAUUGCAUGUAUGUAUUACAUUCGUGACCGUGUACUUCCCUUUCCUUCUCCUACAAUUCAAACUCACAGUAUUCUUUUCCGGUAGUCCUUCCCAAAACAAAGCUCCAAAGCUUCCUCCCAAAACGAACGCAAACUCUACUUCAUUAGCGAUGCACCCUCCUAUCCAUCUGCCCAGCACAUUCAGCGUUUUUUUGACUAAGAGAAAGAUCACAGAGAUUCGGUUGGGCAUUGAGCGUGUUGAGAUGCUUUUGAAGGAGCUGGAGUUGGAUGGGGAGAUUGAGA